AUGCAAUAUCAUGCAUUAUCAUUUGCCAAGGAAAAUUUUAAUGUCGAUGUCAUUGGAUAUGGAGGGACAACUCCACAUGAAAACUUCAACAAAAAUAGCUUGAUAAAUGUUUACAUCUUGCCUGAAGUCCCUUCAAGUAUUAAAUUGUUACCUCGUCUCUUAGCUUAUGCAGUAAAGGUGAUCUGGCAAGCCACCUCACUUGGUGUCAAUCUUCUCCUCACUCCAAAGUCAUCACAUAUUUUAGUACAGAACCCUCCUUCCAUCCCAACUUUGGUCAUGGUGUGGGCAGUAGCUGCUUUUCGAUGGUCAAGUGUUGUCAUUGAUUGGCAUAAUUAUGGUUACACAAUCCUUGGACUUACGCUUGGACCUCAACAUCCUCUGGUCAAAUUUUCUAAGUGGUUUGAAAAGUUUUUUGGGCGUUUAGCCUCUGAUCAUUUGUGUGUCACCAAUGCCAUGCGUGAGGAUUUGCUUAGUAAUUGGAAAAUAAAAGCUCACACUGUGUAUGACAGAGCGCCAUUGACAUUUCAAGAGACUUCCUUGGAAAGCCAACACAAACUUUUCAUGGAACUCAGUAAAUUUUAUCCAGUCUUUUCACCCAGCAAAUAUCCUGAGUCACUUUCUGUGGAGAAGACCAGAUUUACAAUAAAGGACGAGAACGGUCAAGUGAGUUUGCUGGAUGAUCGUCCAGCCCUUCUCAUUAGCAGUACAAGCUGGACAGUGGAUGAAGAUUUUAGUGUUUUAAUGAGUGCUCUUGAUGGAUAUGAAAAGCUUUGUACACAGAACGAAAAAUUACCACGUUUAGUCUGUGUUAUAACUGGUAAAGGCCUCAUGAAACAUCAUUACCAAAAAGAAUUAGAACAGAAAGAAUGGAAGCAGAUAUCUUUCUGUCUGCCAUGGCUUGAAGCAGAAGAUUAUCCGGUUCUUUUAGGUUGUGCUGAUAUUGGGGUUUGUUUACACAAAUCUUCAAGUGGUUUUGAUUUGCCCAUGAAGGUUGUUGACAUGUUUGGAUGCUGUCUACCUGUAUGUGCUAUUCAUUUUAAUUGUUUAUCAGAAUUAGUGAAACAUGAUGAGAAUGGUUAUAUUUUCAAAGACAGUGAUGAAUUGUUGCAAGGUCUUCAGGAACUUCUCACAAACUACAGAAAUAAUUCAAAACUGAAAAAAUUUCGUUCGAAUCUGAAAGAAUUCCAGAAAAGCCCCGGAGAUGCCAGACUCUCUCUCUCUCCAGCUGAGCAAAGGUGA